CGUCCAGGGGAGUAGCAAAGUGCCUGUGCUGAUGCUUUUGGCCAGUAAAUAGCGACCUUCAUGAUGAUGUUGGCUAGUAUGCCGGUGCAUCCUGCAUCGCGCCCUCCUCCCAAGACCUUUGCAAAGGACGAUCUCGCGAAACGACGCAGAGAAGGGUUUGUCUCUGAGGGGCGCGCCAGAUCGUCCCUUCGGUGCACAGCUCUGACGGCGGCGGUGCUGGUACUGCUGCUCUUUGCGCAACAGGCUAGGUGCUCGCCUGAAGUCACUGCCAAACGAGAGAAGGCUGCAGGAAUAUGGAACAAAUCCGGCCGCAGUUGUCCCAUGGCCUUCCACGAGAUCGGGGGCAGGUGCUACUUCUACGGGUACUUCCCCUUGAACUGGUACCGCGCCUCGGAGUUCUGCCACUCGUUCGGGAAGGGCGUGUCUCUUGCGUGCAUAGAAUCGGCCAAGGAGAACUUCCACAUCAAGCAGUGGCUGGGGGUUAACGGUAACCACAACACCGGCGUGUGGGUGGGCGGAUCUGACAACGGCCACGUCGGCAGGUGGGCGUGGUUUCCAACAGGCCAGCUGGUGUCGUACAGUAACUGGGGCCCGUCACAGCCCAGCGGCGGGGACCAGCACUGCAUGUACCUGGUGGGCGGCCUCCUCGGGUACCAGUGGGCGGACUUCCACUGUGACUUCGACAUGCAUUUCCUGUGCGAGUAUGGCGUGAACGAUCUGGAGCCCUGGCGAUGACCUGAAGACGUGCACUCAUGAGAUUCCUUUAUUUUUGUAUUUAUAUUCUAUUCUCUUCUAUUCUUGGCUGGUUGUUUAUUCUAAGAUUCAUCGUUUUUAAGUUAUUGUUUUAAGCAUAUAUGUGAAAUUGCAUGCUGUGCUGUAGAACUGACUGCGAAGACAAUUAUCACUUACUGUUAUUUUUUAUGCAGAGGUAUUAUGCUAGCAGUUUAUUAUAGCACUGUUUUGUAACGAUCAGUAUGCAAUGUGAUAAUGCACCAUAGUUUUCAUUAGGUCACAAAAUAGCAACAUAUAGCACAAACCUAAAGUUAAGUUGAUAUUGAGACUAAAAAAUUCGUAUAAUACUAAAUUUGCAAAUCAACUUAAUCCUAUCAGUAAACAUGUAAAAUAAUAAAGAUAAACAUAAUCUGAAAAUUAGCAUAGGGAACAAUGCAUUAUGUAUAAAACUAACGUUAAAUUUCAUAUGAGGUUGUGAAAAAAUUGGGCAUUGGAUAUUCGGCAUCGACGUGUAAGUGAAAACGGUAACCAACUAUUAACAUAAGUAAUUUGGACGCACUACUUAUUUUGUUGCUUCGAUGAGUUGUAAUGACUAUGUACAAAUAUGUAAA